AUGGCUGCUAACCUACAAGUGCCACGUCUCCGCAUCCUCCUCUUCGUCUUCCUCGUCGUCCAUGUCCACGUCCCCGCCUCCCAUGCCAUUCCUCCUUCGCUCCCGACCACCUAUGACAGUUCGAUUUGCUCGGAGUCGCUCAAGUGCGGCGGCGUCAAUAUCAGCUAUCCCUUCUACCUCGCCGACGGGACCACCGAUCACGGAUACAAGUACUCCUGCGGCUACACCGACCUGAAGAUUUCCUGCCAAGUCGAGGGGCCGACCGAGACCCCGGUCAUCAGUCUCGGCGGUGAGAAAUACAACGUUCAGCACAUCUUCUACGACAUCCACACCAUCAUUCUGGCCGACAGCGACGUGUUCGUCGGCGGCAGCUGCCCCGCAGUUGGCCACAACGUCAGCUUCGAUGAGAGUCCGCCAGAUGCUAGCCCAGGAGACUCCUUCGUGCUCACGCCUGGUGAGCUUGACACUGGCAAGCAUCUGGAGCAGGAACUGGCUACGAACUGCAGCAAGGUUGUCACCGUGCCAGUGAUAGGCGAUGUUCUGAGAGCAGCGGCAAGUAACCUGAGUAACUUCACAAGUGGCGGAUACGGAGACGUGCUUAAGCGUGGGUUCGAGUUGGAAUGUAGCCGUAUCACAGCGGAUCAGUGUCAGCAGUGCGAGAGGUCGGAAGGGCACUGCGCCUAUAACCCGAACAGGGAAUUCCUGGCUUGCUUGUGCGACGGAGGGAAGGUGGGCAACCCGGACUGCAAACACAUCGCAUAA